AUGACUACUCCCGUUUCGUACAAGACCAACCAGCCCAAGAAGCUGCGGCAGCUCAUGAAAGAGAAGGACUGCGUGAUCUGCCCCGGGGUGUUCGACGGCAUCUCCGCACACAUCGCGAACGCCGCCGGCUUCGACGCGCUCUACCUCGCGGGCAGCGGCGCCUCGGGCUCCGUGCUCGGCGAGCCGGACCUCUCCGUGAUCACGUCCGUCGAGCUCGCGGACACCGCGCGCAUGAUCGUGAACGUGUGCGGCGCGCCCGUCGUCGCGGACGCGGACACGGGCUUCGGCGGCCCGCUGAACGUCGCGCGCACGGUCGCGCUGUACGAGGCCGCCGGCGUCGCGGGCUGCCAUAUCGAGGACCAGACGUUCCCGAAGCGGUGUGGGCAGCUCGCGGGGAAGGAUGUGGUGGAUCUGGAGACGUAUGUGGAGCGCAUCGUGGCAGCGGUGACGGCGAGGCAGAACCCGGACUUUGUGAUUAUUGCGCGUACGGAUGCGAGGAACGCGUCGACGUUUGGGGGUGAGAAGGCGGGUGAGGAGGCGUUUGAGGAGGGCGUGAAGAGGCUGAAAGCCGCGCUCGAUGCUGGUGCAGAUGUCGCCUUCAUGGAGAGUCCGCGCACCAAGGACGAGGCUGCACGGCUCGUCAAGGCGCUCGCGCCUCACCCGUGCAUGAUCAACGUGCUCCCGAAUGGGCUCACAGGCAACUACACCGUCGACGAUUGCAAACGCCUUGGCUUCAAGCUCGCGAUCUACCCGUGCACUGGCUUUAUUCCCGCUGCGAUCGCGAUGGAGAAGUCGUACGCUGCGCUGCGGGACCAAGGCACCGACCUCGACCACUGUGGGGAUUGGCAGAUCAAGGACUUCUUCGAGAGGGUCGGCCUGAAAGCCUCGUGGAACUUCGAUCGCGACGUUGCCGAGAAGACGAAGUCCGAUAUCAACCCGAAGAGAUACGAGGACAUGCAGGGGCACGAUCUCGUUUGA